AUGGCACUUAUAGAUCGAAUAUCAGAGUUUCAAGAGGACGAGUUUGUAAAGCAGGCAUUGGCAAAGGGCAUGGAUCUUCGAGAAUACGCCCAUCACAUCGAGAGUGAAUUGGAUAUUGUUGGCCAGGAUCAUGAGGAUGACUAUAUACAUCAAAGUCAAGCAUUCGUCGAUCUGCAUGGCCAAAUCAAAUCCUGUGACGAAAUCCUGGAAACCAUGGAAAACCUUCUUAGUAUUUUUCAGACUGAUCUUGGUAACAUUUCUACAGAAAUCCAGACACUUCAGACGAAAUCGGUCUCGAUGAGCAUUCAACUCAAGAACAGGAUGGCGGUCGAGAAUUAUCUAAACGAAUUGCUCGAGGGCAUUCUGGUCACACCACAGUUGAUCCGUAAGAUCUAUGAUGGCGAAGUGGACGACACUUGGUUAGCAGCCCUGGCCGAGCUGAACAGCAAGAUGUAUCAUGCAAAGACGAGGCAAGGUCGACAUAUCAGAGCCUUGAAAGAGGUCGGACCUGAGCUGGAGCGUCUGCGCGUCAAGAGUGUGGAAAAAAUCCGAGAGUUCUUGCUGUCAAAGAUCAAGUCGUUCAGGAUACCCAAUACCAAUGUCCAGAUCAUGCAGCAUUCUGUCCUACUCAAAUAUAAGGAGCUUAACCAGUUUGUCAUGGAGAGGCACAGCGAAGUCGCAGCCGAGGUCCGACAAACCUAUGCCAACACGUUACGAUGGUACUUUUCGAACCAGUUUGAACACUAUGCUACAGGCCUCGAGAAGCUGCAGAGUGUUAUUGGAGACAAACACGAGAUGCUGUGUGCAGAUGAAAGUGCUCGGAAAGGGUUCUUUGGAACGACCAAAGCGCUGCACGAAAAGACGAACGUGUUUGCAGUAGGGUCACGUCUCGACACUCUUAAAAAUCAAGAUGCUGGCCUGAUUUUGAUUCAUGUGGCAAACGAGAAGAGCUUGAAAUAUCCAUACGAAGUCCUCUUUCGAAGCUUUAAUCUGGCGCUGAUCGACAACGCCAGUUCCGAAUACUUGUUCUUGGUCGAGUACUUUUCAAAACGGUCGCAACCAGACAUCGAGGGCAUCAAAUUGGUCUUUUCGCACAUUUUCGAACCUACCCUCAAGCUAGGACUUGCGAACGUCAAAGAAUAUGCGGACUCGAGCUUUGAUGCCAUUGGGAUCUUGUUGUGUCUGAGGAUCAAUCAGCAAAUGGCAAAAGAACUGGAGAGGAGAAAGAUCCCGAUGCUGGACAAGUACAGGGAUGCGAUCCAUAUGGCGCUAUGGCCUCGCUUCCAGGUUGUCGUGGAUAUGCACAUUGAAAGCAUUCGCAAGGCCAAGACAAAAGUCAAGCCAAAAAAUGUGCACCCUCACUGGAUUGCGAGGAGAUACGGGGAAUUUGCAAGUUCGCUGUUGUUGCUGAAUGACGAACAAGCGGAUGUCAUGCCAAGGUUGGCGUUGCUGAGACUUGAAACAAGUUCACUGUUUGACAUCAUGUCAAAAACUUUCCCGGACACGAAGAGCAGGCUUAUCUUCUUGAUCAAUACCUUCGACCUUGUCCUGACGCUCCUUGCUGAUGUUCGCACGAAUGGAGUGGAAGUCGAGAAUGAACACUGGAAACAGGCUCUGCAUCAAACCAUCGCCUUGUUUGUGGAAGAAGAGUUGAAGCCAUAUUUUGGCGACCUGAUCUCCUUCAUCCGGAUGGUCGAUAUCGCUGGUGGCGUUUCCAAAGUCCAGCUUGAUCACUUUGAAAGGACCUCCUUCGCGUUCAGUAACUCCUGGCGGCAGUCGCUGCUGGCGAUCAAUACAAGCGUCAUCCAACACUUUUCGAGUUUCAAGAACGGAACGCAGGUGCUGCAUCAGGUUUUGGGCCAGCUCAUCGUUUAUUAUACCCGGUUUCAUAAUCUGUUGGACGAGAAACUGCAGGAGCUAGGAUCGUCGGCUGGUGGCUCUAAUACUGCCGUCGCAACCACGACGAGAGGCUGGUCCCAUCAGCCUGUGGGAGUCCAGACGGUCAUGGUUGAAGUCAAGAAGUUCAGGUCCAACUUUUUACCAUAG